CUCUAAGGGCUCACAUGAGGAGAUGAACAACUAAAUGAACAUCAGGCUGAAUAGAGGAAGGCUCAAAACUAGUGGCCAUAAACUCAUUCGGAGACUGUUGACCGAGUAAAUGGUUCAAGCGAGAAGCAGGGUCGUGUUCUCAUAGGCUUCGUUUGUUUGUGACACAGUUCAAACAUGUGAAAAGACGCCAAGUGUGCGUGGUCAAAAAACAUUUCCACUGCUUUUUCAAACGGGCAUCAGCACCUAGACGUGGCAUUUUGUGACAACCCAAAACCACAAGCAGCUGCAGCGAGGUAAUGCUGCCUUUGUUUUAACACUUCUACAGGAGCCUCACCGGUGUAGUUGGCGUUAACAUUUGUCACGCCACGUCUAGUUAGCGGUGCAAAAAAGAGAAGUGGUGAAGGUUGCCCAGAUGUGGUUUCCUGAACAUGGGUUUCAGACUGGCAACAUCACCUUGGUUCUGGGCCAGAACAGCGCCGGCUAUAGUUAGAGAGUCGGAUAAACCGGCCCUGUCCUGGUCUGGUGUAGAAGCAAACAUGCCUGCUAUGUUUACAUGUGUUUUCCUGUAGAGGGCAGCAUUGGACUUUAAAAAGAGGCCACUAGUCCAGUGUCUCCACCUCAGCAGUGUUAAAGGAGCACUACGUAGUUUUGGUAAAGCUAUUUAAAGUCUCAAAUUAAUAUCUAAAAUAUAAAUGAGGUUAUAACACAUUAUUUUUGGCGAUGAGCUGAAUAAACAAGCUGUUCUCAGAGAAAAAUAAGGUCCACAACACACAACAUGCGUCAGAUGCUCCUGAUGAAUGACAUAAAAGACUGAUAAUCCACUGUCCUCUACAUCCUGAUCUCAUUGUUGGCUGUGUAGUGACAUAGCAACGAUAUUAUGCCAGUCAUUUCAGCAAACACCGAUGGUAAAUACAGCCGUUUUUUUAAAUCGACAUGGAAAGAGGAAGUAAAGUGCAACUGUAGGGACUGCAUUAAAAAAACAAAAAAGGUGGCGGUUCUCAUAUGCUCUGACCGGGGUUGAACACAGACAGGAAGCUGUAUUUUUCCCCUUUUGCGCAUCCCUGACAGAAAGAGGAAGUUUUUUUUUUUUUUUUCUGACGCCAGCUGAGCGAGGUUCACAUGUUGCUGCUGCUGCUGCUGCGUCUGUAGAGCUCAGCCUGCACCGUGAAGAGAAGACCGAUGAUGGAUAUCUACCAGGAGGCUGUGCAGUAUCUGGAGUCCCAGCAUGUACCAGUUGAAGCUGAGGCCGAGGCCGACGUCCUGGAGGAGGAUGUGUUCCCGGAGGAGGCGGUGUCCUGCUUGCUGUCUCCUCUCCAUUCAGACAGCGUAGACUUCCCCGAAAGCCCCACGUCCCGCAGCCUGGAGGAAAUGUUGGAGAGGAGACUUGUGGUCCUGAGAGGCAUCCUGGAGAGCGAGGAGGUUUAUCUCAGAGAGCUGGAGGCUCUGCUGAUGCCCAUGAAGGCUCUGCGGGCCUCCGCCGGGACCUCCCAGCCAGUUCUGUCCAGUCGCCAGGUCCAGACAGUUUUCUAUCAGGUGCCUGAGCUCAGAGACCUGCACCAAAGCUUCUACUCUGGCCUGAAGGCCCGGCUGAGCGAACAGACUGAGUCCAGCCCUGCUGAGGAGAGAGAGAUGGGCCACACAGGCUUUCAGCUGAUGGUGGGGGACCUGUUUCUGAAAAUGGUGAACCAGAUCGGCCUGUACGGUGGUUUCAUCGAAAACUACGAGGAGGCCGUCAAAGUCGUUCGCAAGUGCAUGCACUCGGACCCUCGCUUCCAAGCCCUGGCCGAGAGCAUGAUGUCUAAUAAUAACGGCGCGGACAAAACCCGGACCAAAUACACAUUUGAAGCUCUCCUCUACAGGCCUCUGGACAGAGUAACCAAGACCACACUCGUGCUGCGUGACAUCCUGAAGACGACGCCGGCUGAGCACGGGGAUUACGCGUCCUUACAGGAAGCCCUGAGGUUGUCUCGCAGCUUCCUGUCUGGUGUCAACGAGAGUUCACAGUGCAAACGAGAGGUCACGCUCAGUCACGGCAUGAGGCGCCAGCUGAUGCGCGACGGCUUCGUAGUGGAUGCGAGUGAGGGGGAACACAGCCUGCGUCACCUCUUCCUCUACACUGACCUCCUGCUGUGCACCAGAUACAAACAUGCGAGCAGAGGGAAGCCGGACAGCUACAGGUUCUGCUGGUAUCUGCCUCUCGCCGGUCUAAAACUCCGCUGGGUCGCCGAACAGGAGCGCUCGCAAGACACACACCUCCGUUUACACGCCAUCAGAGCCAAGAUGUACCUGUUCCGGCAACAGCUACAGCAACACAAAGCAGGGUCCAGGGGCAUCAACUUGGCAGCACGCACCAGGAAGAAACUGGAGCAGAUGGAGCUGAUGCUGCUCACACACUUCCCUAGUUACAGACUGGAGCUGCACAGCCCCAGCGACAAGAGUCACACCUUCCUCCUCUCCUCCCUGUACGAGCUUGAAGAGUGGAGAGAGGCUAUUCACAAACUCACCGCGGACAACAUAGAAACCGUCCCUCCAGACCUGCUCACCCUCACCAGUGCAUGUGUGAAACUGAGAAUGACCCAGCAGCCACCGCUACACAGCUUAAACUCCGUAGAGGACGAGCAGUCUCUGUGUGGGACUCUGGGCGUGGCGAUCCACUCUGCCUGCGGCCUGCAGCAGCCAGCCUGUGUGUACGUGUGCGUGGAGGUGGAUGGCUACGAGUUUUGCGAUAAACAAGCACAGACACACUCGUCAGUCCACAGCCUCAGCCCACACUGGGACCAGGAGCUGUCUUUCCAGGUGGACGGGGCGCGGCACCUGAGGGUGCUCUGUGUCAGUCAGUCUGGUGGACAGGACGAUGCAGUCCUGGGAAAAGCUUCCGUACAGUUGGACUCCAAAACCCUGAAUAAGCGAUGGCGGAGACAGACUCUACAGCUUGGCGAGGUGGAGGUGACCCUCUCCCUGAAGUACUGUCCCCACCCGCUCGAACCGCCCAGCUCUACGGCACAAGAACUUCCCGUCUUCUGUGUCCCCAUUGAAACUGUGGCUCAUCAGGAGGGAGUGCUGGUCCCCCACGUGGUGCGCUGCUGCGUGGAGGAGGUGGAGAGGAGAGGCAUGGACGAGGUGGGCAUCUACAGGAUUUCGGGAGCCACGAGUGACAUUGGCGCGCUAAAAGCUGCGUUCAACAGCAAUCUGCGUGAAGCUGUGACCAGGCUGAGAUGUGCUGAAGUGAACGCCGUCUCCGGAGUCCUCAAACUGUUCUUCAGAGAGCUGCCGCAGCCUCUCAUACCCACUGAGAUGUUCCAGAGACUCGCCAGUACUCUGGGAAUCCAGGACAUAAACUCCCGGCUUGUCUCCUUGCUGUCCCUGCUGGAGUCCUGUCCUGACCCCAACCGCCACACCUUCCUCUACCUCCUGCACCACCUCCAACGAGUCUCAGAAAACCAAGACGUCAACAAGAUGUCCAUGAUGAACCUGGCUACAGUGUUCGGGCCGAGCCUCCUACGCCCCCCUGUGGUCGAACUGGGGCACAACGGCCCCACACUUGAUAUCUCCCAGGAGGUGGUGGUGCAGGUCCAGGUGGUUUUCUGGUACCUGCAGUGUAACAACCUCCCUGAAGCCCAGACCUCUCUGCAACAUGACACAGACGCUGAAGAUGAGACCACCCACAUGUGAGACCACCACCAGUGUCGCGGCCGGCAGGAAAUUCAAAUACUCUGUGUGUGUGCGUGUGCGUGUAAAAAGAAUCUGUGUAAGCACUGUAUGACAAAGGUAUUUAUUGAUAAAAUCUGUGGACUUUGUUACCCUG